AUGGCCUCCAACUCGAACACCACAGAUGCGGGACACCAGGCCAGCGAGGAGACCCCCCUCCUCCACUCCCCUGAUAGCAGCCGUCACAAGAGCCACCGAAGCGUCACCUUCAGUGCCAACCCCGUUAGCAGGACUAUCGAGCCGGAACCGCUCCGACCUUACAACAAGAGGCACAGCACCGCCUUGGACACCCGCAACCCUGGUAACACGACGAGUGGCCCGCCGGUGCUCACUGCCCUGAACAACAAGUUGCGGAGGAGGAACAGCCACAGCUCUGCUCUCCCAACAGUCGCGCAUCUCUCCGGUCCCAAGAUUGGGCCUCAGCGAAGCACGAAGAAGACCGAGAAGCUGAAGCUUCUGCCGAACCCGGACCUUGGCGAGGAUGCCCCCGAUGAAGAGAGCGGCCGAGAUGUCUAUUCCCAAUACACCCGAAUCAAAGAUCCCACAGCUAGGAGAGAUGCGGCAAGGUUGGGCAAAGCGGACCGAGACAGACUGCCGAGAGUGACGGCGUAUUGUACCGCCAAUCGCUAUGAGAUGGAGGCGCUCAUGCGCUUCUUGAAAGGAAAAGCAAAAACCAGAGCCUCAAACCCCAAACUCAUAGACGAGUGUAUAUACACUCCUUACCAAUACGUGAAGGCGCCGCCUGUGGUCAGUAGCCGCCAUGACCCUGUGACGGCAUAUGAGCGCCGGCACUCAACUGGAAGCGAGACCGCUCAGGAAGAGCAGCAACGGAGGGAGACACUCAUCGAUGUCCCAGAGGACCCCAGCAAUGGGCACUCCAACGGAUCUUCUGUUCCCGAUCUCAGCAAUCUUCGCGGCGAGACUCUACUGGGCCCAAGCAUAAUCGACGACGAUAGCGCUAUUGAUAGCACACCCGACUUUGACACAAACGUUCACACACCAGAAAUGUUUCUUUUCGACUAUGGAGUCGUUGUGAUAUGGGGCAUGACCGCUUCGCAGGAGGCCAGGUUCCUGAAAGAGAUUGCCAAGUUCGAGCUUGAGAAGCUUGCGCCAGACGAUGUCGAGACUGAGCAUUUCAACUUUUAUUACACGCACGAGUACCAGGCUCGCAUUUAUAAUGACUUCAUCACGCUGCGGGAUAAGAACAACUACAUGACAAAGCUGGCUAUUUCGCAUGCCCUAGCCCAGAGCGUCAAGACCUCUCUAUUUGAAGAGCUUAUUGCUUCGACUGUUGAGACAUGCAAGGACAUCCCGACGCAGAUCGCCCUCACCGGCAAGAUCGACCUCAACCCGUCCCAAAUCAACAUGCAGAUUGGCGAGCUCUUCAUCCUUAGAAUUAACAUCCACCUCAACGGCUCCGUGCUGGACACUCCCGAGCUCUUCUGGGUCGAGCCGCAGCUGGAACCCGUCUACCAGGCUGUCAGGAGCUAUCUCGAGAUGGACCAGCGGGUCGGGCUUCUGACCGAGCGCCUGGACGUCAUUGCCGAUUUGCUCGCCGUCCUCAAAGACCAAUUAAGCCACGGCCACGACGAGAAGCUGGAAUGGAUCGUGAUUAUACUUAUUGCUGUCGAGAUCUUGGUGGCGGCUAUUAAUAUCGUGGUUGACAUUACUGCAGAGGGUUGA